AUGGAUGCGGGUGUCAACGGGGUUUUACGCAGCCGCGACUUUGUGAUCACAGCGAUUCUGACGCUGCUUUCGCUGUUCACGCGCCUGUAUAAGAUUGGCAGGCGGCCGAACGUGACAUGGGACGAGGCGCACUUUGGCAAGUUCGGCGCAUUCUACAUUAACCACACGUUCUACCAUGACGUGCACCCACCACUGGCCAAGAUGCUGGUGGGGCUGGCCGAGGUGAUUGCUGGGCACAAUGGCACGUUCAAAUUUGGCUCCGGCGACAACCGGGCAAUGUCCGCACUGGCCGCCAGUUUUGUGCUGUUUGACAAUGCGCUGUGCGUCAUGAGUCGCUUUAUUUUGCUCGACCAGCCGCUGCUGUUUUUCACAGCCUUGACGCUGUGGAGCGCAACGGGAUUCCAGAACGUCAACAUGAGCGGGCGGUCGCACACGCGCCGCUGGUGGACGUGGCUGCUGCUAACUGGGUUUUCUCUUGGGUGCGUGAUGAGCUCCAAGUGGAUCGGCCUCUUCUGCGUCAUCAUGGAAGUUCUGCGACAUGAUGCCCUGGAAACAAUACGCCAAGCAUGGGCCGCGCGCAUCCUCGCACUGAUCAUAGUUCCGCUGACCAUCUAUGUUGCCUGCUUCUGGCUGCACUUCCACUACUUGUAUCGGACCGGCUCUGGCGACCACAAACUGUCGGCCAAAUUCCAGGCCCACCUCAAGGGAAACAAGCUGAAUACCCAGCCGUACGACAUCACGUACGGCGCAUUUGUCGAUCUUCGCGCAGUGUACAACGGCCCUGGCCUGCUGCACUCACACAUCCACCAGUACCCGACGGGCUCGCGCAUGCAGCAGGUGACGUGCUUCCCUCACCGCGACACAAACAACGUGUGGCAGCUGCAAAAGGCCCACGGUAUCCAGGCCAACUACACCCUGGAUCCGAUCGAGUUUGUCAACCACGGCGAUAUCGUUCAGGUUGUGCACAACACGACUGGCGCGACGCUCCGGGCUAGCAAGCACGUGAUGGCACCACUGACUACCGGCCACUUUGAGGUGGCAGCAGAGAACAUCACGGAUAGCAGCGAAAGCGGCAUCAGCAACUGGCACAUCGAGAUUGUUGAGCAGCAGCACUCGGGCCGCAAAGACAAGCGGCUGCAUGCAAUGACCACGAUGUUCAGGCUGCGGCAUGCGGAUUCGGGAUGUCUGAUGCGCGUAGGGUCGCGGCGGCUGCCCAAGUGGGGCUGGAACCAGUCCGAGGUCACUUGCUUGCCAGACUCUACGGGCAAAAAGGAUGUGCGCAGCAAGGACGUUCUAUGGUACAUUGAGCGCAACAUCAACAAGCGCGUGCAAAAGGACGAUCUGUCAAAGUACGUGAAGAGCAACUUUUUUAUCGAUAUGAUCCAGCUCAAUGUCGAGAUGGGAAAGACUAACAACGCACUGGGCCCAGACCCGGCCGGCUCGUGGCCCUUCCUCCUGAGCCCGAUGCGCAUGGUCGGGUGGGGCGACAAGACGACAAAGUACUAUGAGAUCGGCAACCCAUUGCUAUGGUGGGCAUCGGCGCUCGUGUGCAUUGCCUAUCCGUUCCGCUUCCUGUUCUGGCUCGUGUGCAUCAAGCGCCGCUGCCCUGGAUACACGACCAUUCUGGGACAGCAGCAAGUUCCUGUGGGGCGGAUGGGCGCUCCAUACAUCCCGUUCUUCUUCAUGGGCCGCGUCACGUACAUCCACCAUUAUCUGCCGCGCUUUACUUUGGCCUUCUUUUGCUCGCAUACGAGUUGGACAGCUUCUUUGUUCGCUGGCGCAAGGGCCGCUACUUGCGUCUGGCUGCCUGGACCGUCGGCAUUGUUGUAUGCCUAG